CCGCCCGAGGAAGCCGAGGCUGCGGACCCCGGCGCCCGGCCAUGGCCUCCCCCGGGCUGCCGCAGCCCCCCGCCGAGGGCUCGCCCUGGCCUCUGCGCCUGCUGCCCGCGCCUCCCGGGCUGCUGCAGCUGGACCCCACUGGCGGCGCGCUCUGGCUGCUCAGCCUCGCGGCGCUGCUCGGCUGGAGCUGGCUGUGGCGGCAGCGGGCGCGGGGCAUCCCUCCCGGGCCCACGCCCUGGCCCGUGGUGGGCAACUUCGGCUUCGUGCUGCUGCCUUCGUUCCUCCGACGGAAGAGCUGGCUGCACCGCCGGGCGAGGGCCGCAGGGACGGAGCCCUCGGCCCUGAGCCCGCAGUUGCUCCUGGCCGACCUGGCCCGCGUCUACGGCAACGUCUUCAGCUUCUUCAUCGGCCACUACCUGGUGGUGGUCCUCAGCGACUUCCACAGCGUGCGCGAGGCGCUGGUGCAGCAGGCCGAGAUCUUUAGCGACCGCCCGCGGGUGCCUCUGGUCUCCCUCGUAACCAAGGAGAAGGGGAUUGUUUUCGCACAUUAUGGUCCGGUGUGGAGACAACAGAGGAAGUUCUCGCAUUCAACUCUUCGUCAUUUUGGCUUGGGAAAGCUGAGCUUGGAGCCCAGGAUUAUUGAAGAGUUUCAGUAUGUGAAAGAGGAAAUGCAGAAGCACGGAGAAGACCCCUUCGACCCUUUCCCCGUUGUCAACAAUGCCGUCUCUAACAUCAUUUGCUCCCUGUGCUUUGGCCAGCGCUUUGACUACACCAAUAGCGAGUUUAAGAAGAUGCUCAAUCUCAUGUCACGAGCACUAGAAAUCUGUCUGAACACCCAGCUCCUCCUGGUCAACAUAUGCCCCUGGCUUUAUUAUCUUCCCUUUGGACCAUUUAAGGAAUUAAGACAAAUUGAAAAGGAUAUUACCACUUUCCUUAAAAAAAUCAUCAAAGACCAUCGAGAGUCUCUGGAUGUAGAGAACCCUCAGGACUUCAUAGACAUGUACCUUCUCCACGUGGAGGAGGAGAGAAAAAAUAGCAGCAACAGUAGCUUUAAUGAAGAUUACUUAUUUUAUAUCAUUAGUGAUCUCUUCAUUGCUGGGACUGAUACCACAACUAACUCCUUGCUUUGGUGCCUUCUGUAUAUGUCACUGAACCCCGACAUACAAGAAAAGGUUCAGGAAGAAAUUGAAAGGGUCAUUGGUGCCGACAGAAUCCCUUCCCUCACUGACAAGGCCCAAAUGCCCUACACGGAAGCCACCAUCAUGGAGGUGCAGAGGCUGACGGUGGUGGUGCCCCUCGCCAUUCCUCACAUGACCUCAGAGAAAACAGUGCUCCAAGGAUAUACCAUUCCUAAAGGAACAGUGAUAUUACCCAACUUGUGGUCAGUGCACAGAGACCCAGCCAUUUGGGAGAAACCAGACGAUUUCUACCCUAAUCGAUUUCUGGAUGAUCAAGGACAACUUAUUAAAAGAGAAACAUUUAUUCCUUUUGGAAUAGGGAAGCGGGUAUGUAUGGGAGAACAACUGGCAAAGAUGGAAUUGUUUCUGAUGUUCGUGAGCCUAAUGCAGAGUUUCACCUUCACUUUACCCAAGGAUUCUAAGAAACCCAUCCUGACUGGAAGAUACGGUCUGACUCUAGCCCCACACCCGUUUAAUGUAAUCGUUUCAAAGAGAUAAAGAACUUGCCCAAGAAGAGAAUGUAAAUACAUUUCCUCCUCAACAGAUUCUUCCUUCUGCAGUUGAUGAUAGACCCAGCAACACAGUGGCCUCCGGUCAGGCUCGGACGAGAGAGAGACCAGAACGUGGGUAGAGCUUGCAUCAUCUUGGACCAUCCCUCAGCAGGGUGCUUCUGUCACUUUAGUAACGCACAUCUGUGACUUAGGGGAUGGGGACCCAGGUGCUGGGUCCAUUCCUCCUCAUCACUCAGUGCCUCAGUCAUUCAUGCAUCCAACGAGGUAAAGAAAAUGUGCCUUCUCUCCCUCCUCACCCCUAAGGAAGGUCAAAUGCCACGUGUCUUUCCCGACAUCACCAAAACACUGUUAAGUACGGAAGAAUGAAUUCAGAAGCCGAAGGAAGACCCUCCAUCUUCAGACCUGUGACAACAUGGAAGCGGGGUUCCGACUUGAAUACUUUGCCAGAGAAGGAUAUGGGUUUCGGUCAUGAUGAGUUAGAGUUUUUCUCCCCACAGAUCCUCUGUCAGUCCUAGGAAGGGGGAGGCUUAUUUUGUUACUGUUGUCUUUUCAUUUGUGAUUUAGUUUUUUACAUUUUGUAGACAUGGACUCGAGUGCCCUUGUCGGGUAUGGAGAGGAAGGGCUGUUUGGGUGUGUAUGUCUGCCUUCUGUUUCAACUACUGGUGAAAGAGGUGGCUUCACAGUGCCGAGUUGCUCUCUGCUGAGUUGCUUGAGGGGAUAUAGCUCUACCUUUCCACUUGAGCCCUGAAUAGUGAGCUUGGGAAUUGUGAUACCAGGAUUCCUCGGGGAAGGAUACAGACUGUGCCAAAUAUGCCUUUCUUAUUCUCCCUUCCACGGGGCUUUGUCUGUCUCACCUUAGUACUUCUCAGAGACACAGAGGCAUUCUGAAUCUGGUUAACAGAACUGCAUCACUCCUUAAUAAGGACGGUCCCUUCAGAAUAGUGGUUCUAAAAAAAGGCACUGACCCCUUUCAGGGGGUACUUGUAAAUGUGUAAGGGCAUCUCUGGUUAUCACAAUGAUGAGGGAGCUGUUGGCCUUUUCCCCCCUUGCGGCCAGGAUGCUAAGAGUCUGAGCCGACCUGAACCAGAAAGAAUAAACCUGCCUCCUCUGCCAAUAUUUCCCCAGCGAGGGCAUGCUCUGAAGAAUGGCCAGCGCUCUCCUGGAUACUCCCGUAGCCCCUCCUGACAGAGAAGUAACCACAAUCCUAAGACGCUCACCCACAGUUUGGAGCCUUCCCUCCUGCUGGCACCACACUUGGGACUUUCCUUGUAGGCCUGCAUAAUUCUUACAGAAACUCUAGUGAGAAGACAUUAUUUUGUAGCUGAUAGAGCUGAGCGUCAGCCAAGUAAAGGUACCUAGUUAGAAGGUCCCGCUGUUCAUUUCAGAUCUACGAGUCCUUGUGACUGGAGAGUUCUGUCCCAACCACUACUCUGUACUGCUGCCUCCUGAGCCAUGGGAGUCUGCUCGGUGUUUUCAGUGCAGAUGGAUGAAGUCUAGGCAAAUCUCUAGGUGCCUUGAGGACUUUUGUCAGCUAAAACAACAACAACAACAAAACAAAUAAACAGAUUGUCCAGGAAUUGUGAGCAAACGGAGCGGUUGUGGUCUAGAUUUGUGACGAGAUGAUGCAUGUGUGAUUACACUGUAUCUUGAGCAGGACAGUUUGUUCCUCAUCUGGAAUUUUAUAUGCAUUUGAAUUGCACUAAUAAUUUGGCAUUAGCAAGUUCAUUACUCCUUAAUUUAUACAUACAUUUUCAACAUUCCUAACCAAGCAGUUUGUAGCUUA